UUUAUCACCCGUCACCGCUAUGUGGCCAUCUCUUGCUCACUUCACAUAUGAUUCAUCAGCUGUGUGUCAAACGAAUUGACAUAUUUGCAUUUGAUCUUUGCCAACAUUUGCCAUAGAUAAGGGAGAAAGAUUUUUGCGCGUUUGAAGUGAAAAGGUUUUCAGUGUAGACAACACUUGUUUACACUAGCAUCUGAAUACCCUGCAAUGUGUGUCCACUAGGCUUCUUGUCUCUUCUUAGAUAGUGGGUAAAACAUUUAGUGCAGCAUCAGCUCUGGAACUCAGUGAAAUUAAGUGCUUGUUAUCACAAAAGAUCAGUUUUCUGGGAAAUUUCAUUGAUAAUGGAUAUUAUCGGGCCCAUAAUUGUCGUCGUAAUUUGCAUCGUUAUCUUCUCGAUAUGUGGAUGGUGUUGUAAAAAGAAACGAGAAGGCACAGUAUACGGAUACGGACCUACUGUAACAGUUACUACACAACCCAUUCCACAACAACCAUAUCCUGUACAUGGUGGGCCUCCUCCUGGAGGACAUCCUAAUACAACACCUUAUCCAUCCAUGCCUAUGCCUCAUCAAGGAUUUUAUCCACCACCAAUGGGUUACCCACCGUAUUCAGGUCCUCACUAUCCGCCGGCCGGCCCUGUAUAUCCUCCAAGCCCUGCUCCAGGUGCUUCUCCCUAUCCUCCAACUGCGUACCCACCACAGCCAGGAUUUCAAAACCAACCUCCUCCAUAUGACGUAGCAAUGGC